AUGCCCGCCACCGAGCCCUGGAGCCUCAGCCCGGAGACGGCGUCCUGGGACUACUCGGGGUCCGGGUCCGGGGCCGGGGCCCUGGAGGAGGAGCUGGAGCUGUGCGCGUUCUGGGAGCUGCCCUGCGCCCGCGCCGUCGUCCCCACGCUCUACCUGGCGGCCUUUGCCGUCGGCCUGCUAGGCAACGGCCUGGUGCUGCGGCUGCUGGCCUGGCGGCGGGCCCCGCGGCGCCUGGCGGACACCUUCGUGCUGCACCUGGCGGCCGCCGACCUGGGCCUGGUGCUGACGCUGCCGCUGUGGGCCGUGGCGGCGGCGCAGGACGGCCACUGGCCCUUCGGCCGUGCGCUCUGCAAGCUGAGCGGCUUCGCGCUGGCCGCCUCGCGCUGCGCGGGCGCGCUGCUGCUGGCCGGCCUGGCCGCCGACCGCUACCUGGCUGUGGCCCGGCCGCGCGGCGCGCACCCGCGGCGCUCCCCGCGGUGCGCGCGCGCCCUGUGCCGGGGCGCCUGGGUGGCAGCGCUGCUGGUCGGCCUGCCCGCCCUGGUCUCCCGCGACCUGCAGCCGCUGCCCGAAGGCCCGGGCAGCCAGUGUGGGGAGAAGCCCUCGGACGCCUUCCAGGCCCUCGGGCUGCUGCUGCUGCUGCUGACCUGCGCGCUGCCCCUGGGCGCCACCUUCUUCUGCUACUGCCGCCUGGCGCGCCGCCUGCGCCGGCCGCUGGGCCUGGGCCGCGUCCCCGCCGCCCCCCUGCGCAUCAUCUGCGCCGUCGAGGGCGCCUUCGUGGGCUCCUGGCUGCCCUUCGGCAUCCUGCGCGCCGUCCUCCACCUGGCGCGCCUCGGGGCCGUGCCCCUGCCCUGCCGCCUGCUGCAGGCGCUGCGCUGGGGCCUCACCGUCGCCACUUGCCUGGCCUUUGGCCACAGCUGCGCCAACCCGCUCAUCUACCUGCUGCUGGACCGCUCGUUCCGCGUCCGGGCCUGGCGCCUGGCGCUCGGGCUCAGCUCCGCGUCCUCGCGCUCCGCGGACCCCAGCGCCGAGGCCCGGGGCCCGGCCGAAAGCGGGGGACGCGCGUGA